AUGAAGGCAGUCGUCAUAUCUUCGGUGUCGCAAGGCAACGAAAAGCACACGAGCCUCUCUCUCGAAGAAAGACCGCAACCCACCCCCCAGCCCGGUCAACUAGUCGUCAAGGUGGCAGUAUCGCCGCUGCAGCCAUCGGAUCUUCUCAACACGCAAGGCAACUUCCCGCUCACGACUUUUCCUCGCAUACCUGGUCGGGAUUUCGCUGGUACGGUCGUCGCUCCGGCUGAUUCCAACUGGCAUGGAAAGACAGUCGCUGGCACCUCCGGGCCUGUUCUUGGAUUCACAAGGGACGGCGCGCAUGCUGAGUUCGUUGUCGUUGAUGAGGAAGGAGUCGUCGAGGUGCCGGACGAUCUCGAUGUCAAGCGAGUGGGCCUAUUGGGCACACCGUGGACGACAGCCUACCUUGCAUUGUCCCGAGCGUCUCCUGUGCAGAACGAUACUGUGCUAGUACUCGGUGCUUCUGGUCAAGUCGGCAAUGCUGUAUCGCAGCUUGUGAAGAGCUCUCUGUUCAGCUGUCGCCUUUUGACAGCUGGACGCGGCGACAGAUAUGAUGUGGACUCGGCUGCUGAUCCAAGUUUGGCCACUGUCCUCAACUCAACAGACGGCAGAGGGCCUGACAUUGUUGUUGACACUACGGGGGACAUAGCAUUGCAGGCAGCAGGGAUCCGAAAUCUAAGUGUUGGAGGGAGACUGUCUAGGUCUCCCAACAAUCGAGGCACUUCGGCAGAGGUUGAUUUCAAAGAACUUUAUCGCAAGGAGCAAAUUAUCAUUGGCACAAACAGCGUAUCGCAUGAUGUGAAAAGCAUGGCCGGUAUUUUGAGGAAAUUGUUACCCCUCUUCAAAUCUGGAGAGCUUCAGUUGCCUGACAUCAGCCAAAACUCGGAGAUCCAGCUCGACGGUGCUGUGGGAGCUUAUGAGGAGAUGGCAAGAGGGUCACGGAAGAAGUUCGUGAUUGUGAACUCCUGA